AGAAAUGAGAACAAAAAUCCGUAGUGAAAGUAUUUCAGCAGGCAGGGUCUUCCUCAGACCCGUUCGGAGCUUUCGGCGGAACCAAUAAUUAAUAAAAAAUCACAGCCGCUCGUUAAUGUUUUCCGUGUGUUCUGGCUCGGUUCUGCAUGUGGGGACGAACGAACCGACGCGGGCCCAGUCAGCAGCGGGGAGUUCUGGAGACGGACUCUUCUUUGUCAGAACCGCAGGCGGGUUUCUCAGCUUAACUCGUCAAACAAAAACACUCUUCGAUUUUUAUCUUCCGAGUCCUCAACGAAGUUAUUUUUUAUUAAAAUCAAAGACAAACGUUUAAAUUGGUUCUUCUUGGUCCUCCUGAAGGACGCAGAACCGGAGCCAGCAGGUUUCAUCAUCACCAUGGAGGAGAAUCCUCCCCGAGACCCGCAGCGACCCCACAACUCCGGAGAAGAGUCCAACCGGGCCCUGCUGCCUCUGCCGCCGCCGCCCGGGAACCAGCAGACCCACCGGGUCACCAACUUCUACAUAGACAACAUCUUAAGACCGGAUUUUGGUCUGAAGGAAAAGGACGGCACUCCGGUUCGGGACGGGUUCGGGUUUGGGCUGACAAAAGGAAGAGAUCAGCUGACCGAGAGUAAAGCUCCUAAAACCUCCAAGCGCGGUGGCCCGGGAGCGGAGAAGGGCCCAAAUCCCGAAUCCAAGUCCAGGAGGCCCGAGCUGACCCCGGAGAAGGUCCGGGAAGGCCCCGAGGAACGCAGCCCCGAGGCCGGGGCGGCCCCGGGGUCCGCUCCGCCGCUGUGGCCCGCCUGGGUCUACUGCACCCGCUACUCGGACCGGCCGUCUUCAGGACCCAGAUCGCGCAAACCCCGGAGGUCGCGGACCCCGAGCCGGGAGGACAAGCGGCCCCGGACGGCGUUCACCACCGAGCAGCUCCAGAGACUGAGAAGCGAGUUCCAGAACAAUCGCUACCUCACCGAGCAACGGAGGCAGAACCUGGCCCGGGACCUGGGCCUCAACGAGUCUCAGAUCAAAAUCUGGUUCCAGAACAAACGGGCCAAAAUCAAGAAGGCCGCUGGGAACCAGAACUCCCUGGCAAUGCAGCUGAUGGCGCAGGGACUGUACAACCACUCCACGACCAGGGACGGGUCUGACAGCGACUAGAACCGGGGCAGAGCACCGCAUAUGAAUACCAGACAGUGCGUGUGUGUGUGUGUGAACACGGGGCUGCUGAUCUGACCCCGUCCGAGUCAAGUCCGACCCAAACGCGCGCAGAGCGCUCAGGACCAACUUCUGGAAAAACAUCGGAAAGGUUCAUAAUUAAGGAGCGUCAGGUAACGGACGAGUCCAAUUAAUGACGUCAUUAUCAGAACAAAUUCAAGGUUUUUCCGGUUUGCUCUAAACUAUCGGAACGAGCAGCUUUACAGAGAUCCGAACCGGAUUUGAGACCGCACGCGCGCGGGAUUCUGGGCGCCGCACGUGAGCAAAAAUAAAUAAAUAAAAAAAAACGUAACACGUUCUCUGAAUUUUUAAAACACACACACACACACACACACACACACACACACACACACACACACACACACACACACACACACACACACACACACACACACACACACAAAGGGCUGUUGAUGGACCUCAAGAAACUAUUUUUAUUACAAAGAUUUUUAUAUUUUUAUUUAUUUUACACAAAUGUCUACAGAGAAAGGCGCGCGCGCGCGUGUUCACAGGCUAAUUUAUUAUUUUUUUUACACCAGCUUCUCACUGGAGACUGACCAUUGUGGGUCGGAACCGCUCGGUUCUGACAGCUGCCUUAAACCUCUGAGAAGGUCAGAGGUGUUCCAUGUAUUAUUUUUAUUUUUAUAACCUGUAAAUGCUUCUGAUCACGUGAUGUAAAUAAAAAACGAAAGAACCACA